GCAGGCCUAGGCCACGCCCCCUGGCCGUCGGAGUUGGAGUGCGCACGCGCACAGGUGGGCUGGGGAGGUGGGGCUCCAGCCUGGAAGGUUGCGUGCGUACUGGCUGGGUCCUGAGGGGCCGACGUGAAGUACAGCUUGGAGACCCUGACAUACCUGUUUGGGCUCUGCAGACCCUGCACCCACAGCUAUCAGGCAACAUGAAGCCUAAACUAAUGUAUCAGGAGCUGAAGGUGCCUGCUGAAGAGUCUGCAAUUGAGCUGCACCUGAAUGAGAUCGAGGCCUGGAAGGCAGCAGAGAAGAAAGCCCGCUGGGUCCUGCUGGUCCUUAUCUUGGCCGUGGUGGGCUUCGGUGCCCUGAUGACUCAGCUGUUCCUUUGGGAAUAUGGGGACAUGCAUCUCUUUGGGCCCAACCAGCGCCCAGCCCCCUGCUAUGACCCCUGCGAAGCAGUGCUGGUGGAGAGCAUUCCGGAGGGCCUGGACUUCCCCAAUACCACCACCAGCAACCCCUCCACUAGCCAGGCCUGGCUGGGUCUGCUCGCCGGGGCUCACAGCAGCCUGGACAUCGCCUCUUUCUACUGGACCCUCACCAACAAUGACACCCACACUCAGGAGCCUUCUGCUCAGCAGGGCGAGGAGGUCUUCCGGCAGCUCCAGGCCCUGGCACCUCGGGGUGUGAAGGUCCGUAUCGCGGUGAGCAAGCCCAAUGGGCCUCAGUCACCAGCGGACCUGCAAGCCCUGCUACAGAGCGGUGCCCAGGUACGCAUGGUGGACAUGCAGAAGCUGACCCAUGGUGUCCUGCAUACCAAGUUCUGGGUGGUGGACCAGACCCAUUUCUACCUGGGCAGUGCCAACAUGGACUGGCGCUCCCUGACCCAGGUCAAGGAGCUGGGUGUGGUCAUGUACAACUGCAGCUGCCUGGCUCAAGACCUGACCAAAAUCUUUGAGGCCUACUGGUUCCUGGGCCAGGCCGGCAGCUCCAUUCCGUCCACCUGGCCCCAGUCCUAUGACACCCACUACAAUCAAGAAACACCCAUGGAGAUCUGCCUCAAUGGCACCCCUGCUCUGGCCUAUCUGGCGAGUGCACCCCCACCUCUGUGUCCAAGUAGCCGCACCCCAGACCUGAAGGCCCUGCUCAACGUGGUGGACAGUGCCCGGAGCUUCAUCUACAUCGCGGUCAUGAACUAUCUGCCCACUAUGGAGUUCUCUCACCCUCGCAGGUUCUGGCCCACCAUCGAUGACGGGCUGCGCCGGGCAGCCUACGAGCGGGGUGUCAAGGUGCGCCUGCUCAUCAGCUGCUGGGGACACUCUGAGCCGUCCAUGCGGUCCUUCCUGCUCUCCCUGGCUGCCCUGAGGGACAACCACACCCACUCUGACAUCCAAGUGAAACUCUUCGUGGUCCCUGCGGAUGAGGCCCAGGCCCGCAUCCCUUAUGCCCGUGUGAAUCACAACAAAUACAUGGUGACCGAACGUGCGGCCUACAUCGGAACCUCCAACUGGUCGGGCAGCUACUUCACAGACACUGCAGGAACCUCCCUGCUUGUGACCCAGAAUGGGCACGGUGGCCUGAGAAGCCAGCUGGAGGCCAUCUUCCUGAGGGACUGGGACUCUCCCUACAGCCACGACCUGGAUGCCUCGGCUGACAGCGUGGGCAACGCCUGUCGCCUGCUCUGAGGCCCAGUCCAGUGGACAGGCCAAGGCCUUUGAGCCCCCCACCAACCCCCCCUCGCCACCCCAUGAUCCCGGAAAACCCAGACUCUGGUUCCCAUCCCCAUCCUCGUGUCCCUGCUUUCUAUCGACUCCCCUAUUGUGGCUCCACAGGCUCUCCCCUGUGCUCCUGCCUCUACCUCUGUCCCUCACCAGCCUGAUACUGUGGCCCCUGGGGCCUAGCAGGGCUGAGGGAGGGAACCCCCAAAGAAGUGGGGGGUGCAUGCUGGGCCCAGACCCCUAGGCUAUCCCUCCUUUCUAGGGCAAAGAGGGCCCAAGAUUAUAAUAAGUAAAUAAUUGUCUGUA